CUCGCGAAGAUCACAUGACUCCUAAACUGGUACCUGUUUGUUGCUUGCCCGGGUCUUCUCUGCACUGGCUCGAAGUGCCUGAGGGGUGGGCGCUGGCCAGCUAGCUUAUAUGGGGCGACGGUAGCCACGUCCUGCAGCCUCGGAGGAGGAGGAAAGACGCCCGACUGGAGAGCGAGUGGGUCAGCUGGCCUGGCCCAGUACCUCCCUUUUGCCCCUCGGAAGUCGGAUGAGACCGCCGGGAUCUCCUGUCCGGGGCCAGGCUUUGACCGCUGGUGAUUGCAGACCCCACCAUGGCGUCUGCGGACACGUGGCAGCAGCAUUCAGAUUCAGAGAGAGAGGAGCUUCUUCCUAGAAAUUCCCAUGAACCAGAGACUCAGUCUGUCCACUGGAGAAACCUGAUAGGUUUUUGGCUCCUAGGUCUUUGCAACAACUUCUCCUAUGUGGUGAUGCUCAGUGCUGCACAUGACAUCCUCAAGAACCAGAGGGCACCUGAAAAUAACAGCCAUGUGGAUCCAGAGCCAACACCCACUUCUCACAACAGUACAUCUCGAUAUGACUGCAACCCUGUGUCGACAGCUGCUGUCCUCCUGGCUGAUAUUCUGCCUACAUUCAUUAUCAAGAUGCUUGCUCCUUUCGGCCUUCACUUGCUGCCCUACAGCCCUCGAAUUAUCCUUUGUGGGGCCUGUACUGCUAGUAGCUUCCUUCUGGUUGCCUUUUCCCAGGAAGUUAUGACCAGCCUAAGUGGUGUGGUCCUGACUAGUAUUUCCUGUGGACUGGGGGAGAUAACCUUUCUAGCCCUUACUGCCUUUUACCCCAGUGAGGUGGUUUCCUGGUGGUCCUCAGGCACUGGUGGGGCAGGAGUACUGGGGGCCUUGUCCUACCUCGGUCUGACCCUGGUUGGUCUUUCCCCUGAAAAUACACUAAUCUCUAUGCUGGGCAUCCCUGUUCUCCUGCUGGCCACUUACUUUCUGCUGCUCAAGUCCCCAGAUUCAUCGGCUUGCCAAAGAGAUGGGGCGCUUGGGACCUCAGCUCAGCGGCCCCUCACAGCAGGAGAGAGCUCCAAGCCCUCAGACCCCAACUUCAACCAGAGCCUCUCUUUCAGUGACAGGUGGAAUGUCUUUAAGGGUCUCCUGAAAUACAUCGUCCCCUUGACUCUGGUUUAUUUUGCUGAAUAUUUCAUCAACCAGGGGCUGUUUGAGCUCCUUUUCUUCAGAAACACAUCUCUGAACCAUGCCCAGCAGUACCGAUGGUACCAGAUGUUAUACCAAGUUGGAGUCUUUGUCUCCAGAUCCUCUCUCCGUUGCUGCCACUUCCGUUUCAUUUGGCUAUUGGCAGUGCUUCAGUUCUUGAAUCUGGGCUUCCUGAUGGCUGAAGUGUGGUUCAGUUUCCUUCCCAGCAUCUACCUUGUUUUCCUGAUCAUUUUGUAUGAGGGCUGCUUGGGUGGGGCUGCCUAUGUAAACACCUUCCACCGAGUUGCAGUUGAGACCCAGGAUGAGCACCGGGAAUUUGCCAUGGCAACUGCCUGCAUAGCAGAUACCUUGGGGAUCUCUUUGUCAGGGGCCUUGGCCUUGCCUCUGCAUGAUUUCCUAUGCCAGAGUCAUUGA